AUGUCAGGCCUUACUGGUGCAGCCAUGCUAGUCAUCACUGUCUCCAUGGGCCUGACGUCGCUACGAGUGGUACGGAGGCGCCUCUACAACUGGUUUUGGUACACGCAUCAGCUCUACUUGCCAUUUAUGGUUCUGCUGAUAGUUCAUCCGUUAAGCGGCGUGCUGAAAAGAGAGUUACUGCCAGAAGAAAGACUGAAUUACGACUAUGAAACUAAUAAUACGUAUAACUCCUCCGGGGAUUCUCCUAUUUUCGUACCUAUACAGUCAACGACUUGGAUUUGGAUGGCCUUUCCUCUUUCGUGUUUUUUCCUUGAUCUCCUGUGGCGGGUUUUGUCCAGAAACCGAGCGAGAGUGGACAUUAUACAGGUAGCGCACAUGGCAGGGCGCACGCUCAGCCUGACCCUGGGUUACGAUAACUUCAGCUGCCGCGCGGGUCAGUACGUCCUGCUGCAGUGUCCGGACAUCUCCCGCCUCGAAUGGCACCCGUUUACUGUUGUUAAAGUUCCUACAUCUAGUCAGAGAAAUUUUAUUGUUUGGAUUAGAGUAAAGGGCGAUUGGACUGAGGCGUUAGAGAGGCUACUGUUGCAGAACGGACCAAACAAUCUCAGUAUCCUAGUGGACGGCCCGUUCUCGUCGCCCAUGGAGGCGGCGCGGCGGCGGCGCGUGGCGGUGUGCGUGGCGGCGGGCGUCGGCGUCACUCCCUUCGUGGCGCUGCUGCACCACAUGCUGCUGAAUCCAAGAAGUCGCUUACCCGGACGAAUUCACUUAUUAUGGAUAGUACGACACGAAAAAGAACUGACAUGGGUCACAGAGCUCGCCACCAAAACCCUCAUGGAACUCAGAAAUGCCAACAAACCUGACCGGCUGCAUUUACAACUCUACGUUACGAGUACAGUCCAAAACGCACCAAAUCUUAAUACAAAUAAAGAUCAAAUUUCAACACACGUUGUACUGCUCGACGAAAAAAGCUCUCUAACUCGUGUAGUUACAAAUGACAAAGCGACUCUUCUCACUCCGAAUAUAAAGAGACGAGAUUAUUUACAUAAUGAUACGAAAGGAGUAAGUGAAGAUUAUAGUAUAGCAAAAGAGUUUCCCCAUUUGGCGUGCAGGGUGAGGCGAGGCAGGCCUCAUUGGGAUCAACUGUUUGAUUCUUGGGUGCAUCUAUACCCAGAGGAUCACCUAAACUUAUAUUGCUGUGGACCAAAGAAAUUAGUAAAAUUGUUAAGAAACAAAUGUAAACAGAACUCAAGAGGCAAAACAAAAUUUACAUUCGUACACGAAGGUUUCUCUUGAUAAGUAUUGUGCUUACAUUUGUAUUGAAAUGCUAUUAAAAUUGUUUAAUGAAA